UGAAAAGCCAUUGACGGCCGCAGCGUGCAGGUUGCAGCAGGUUACAAGGCUUCCGUCGAACAGGCUGGUAGAAGCACAGACCUCCGUGCCGAUGAACGACACCCGCACGGACACGGACGUGCUGUCCUGGCACGAGCAGGUUCAACGCAAGACGUCGCUGCCCAGAAGCGACAGCUUACCACAGGACGAGCAGCGCCCGCGAGGCAAGAGCGCGCCCGGAGUCCCAGCAGCAACAGGUGACACCCCUGCGCGCCGUCGAGGCUUCUCUCUAGCCCGCCACCAGUCCGUGCCCAGCAUGUCGGUCGGUAAGUCCCGUCGCCGUCGGAAGGUGACGUUCAAGAACAUGUACGCGCCCGACGUGGUGCCUCCGCCCAAAGUGGAGAGCUACGACGAACUGGUGUUCAACGUGGCCGGUCUGUUCCACACCAUGUCGUUCCUACACGACCCGGAAGACUGGGGGGACGACCCGACCGGCAGCAUGUCGUCAGAAGACGAUUACUACGACCCAGAGCCGCCUCUUGAGCGCUCUGUGCCGCUCAUGAUCGCCGAGUUCCUCUACCGCUCGGCAGUCUUCUUGGGAUAUCCGCAGGGCGACACCCCGUGGCUUCCUGGCUUCCGAGAGGACAAACGAUUUUCAGGGAACGACGUCAAGCGCUGGCGACGUCUCGCUCAUUUCGACUGGGAAGCGGAGGAGCGCGAGUUCCAGAAGAACCAUCGCAAACCGCCACCAAUGACAGUGGCACAGCCACGACUCGACCGUACGGAGUCGGUGGAAUCCAAUGGACAUACGUCGGUCAUGUCGGCGAUCGGAACGAGUUUCCGACGACUGGAGAGCACCGCCAGUGUGGACUCGACGUCGUCCAGCUCGAGUAUGCGCAGCCAGGACAGUCAGGUGUCAGGCAAGCCGAAGUUCCGUCGCGCCGUUUCCGGAUGGAUCCGAAAGCAUCGACGUCAACACAGCAAGGAGAGCAACGCAGUGGCAGAACAGGUGAGUGAGGACGAGAGCGUUGACACGAGCGACGAGAAGAAGAAACGCAAAUGCAAGCCCGUGUCGUGGCUCAACCCGCCGCCCAUUUCGUCCUCCAGGGACUUGACGAUGCUUGUGGCCAUUAUCAACUCGUGUGUCUACUGCGGACAGUUUCAGUUCCGGAAACGCGACAUUGUGCGUCUGUGCAAUGUCAGAAUUUAGAUGCAACAAAGUUGUUGCCCCAUUUUAUUUGCGCUUCGAACCGAAGGAAGGUUGAUACGCAAACUCUAGCCAAAUGAUUUUAGUGUGACGCGUUUUGUCAGAACCUGUUGCAUCAAGACGAAAAAAAAAACAAAGCUUGCAGUAUUAUAGCCAA